UGUUGAAGCGUUAUUAAAUUCUGAAUAUAAUAUGCAAAAGGUUACCUAUGUGCUGCUUCAAAGGCAUGCAAACUCUUAUUGGCAAAUAGAGAGAGACGAUGAGAUUCGUUCAGUUGCAUCUCCUGCCAAGCGUCGUCGUCGACCUAUCACCAUUUGUGCCUUUUCUAAUAGCAAGGAUUCAUUCCCUGGGCUGAAAGGUAUGAUGACAAAGUUAGCACAGGAUAAAUUAGUGCCACCUAUGUCUCCUGGAAUUCAACAUCAUUCUACACCUUCCCAGUCUCGACCGACGAGUCAUACAUCAUUACGCCCUGUGAUUUCAGAAACAGACAAUGUAUCUGCAGUGGAUUCAACAUCAUCGUGUGUCUCUGUGACGACUACCGCCACGACCACGCUUGCUCCUCCUCCUCCAGUGCCUCCCAAACCAACUGUGAUUCGCACGGAUAGGGUGUAUGAAGACUAUCAACAAAAGAGUCCCUGGCAAUUCGCUUCCAAUAAUAGUAGCAAUAGCAACCAACUGCAUACGUCAAACAUAGGUAGGCAAUCUCCAGUCAUCAGUCGACCCAGUCAUUUUUAUACGACACCUCGAACAGCGCCUUAUUCACCUGGACAUGAAAAUCCAUCUUAUUCACAGCAAAUACCGAUUACACAACAGCCUUAUGUCCAGGCUUACUUCCAUCCUCAAUUACAGCAACACAUGAAUAAUAUCAGUCAUAUGCUGUCACCUCGAGUUCCAAGCCAUCAUCGUCGUCAUAACAAUGAUCCAGAAGACUCCCAGAUGAGCCGUAUGAUGCAUCUGUGGCAAAGGAACAAGAUUGAUCCAGCAAGCCCAUUACAGAGACACCAAUACGUCUUUGACCGAACCGCCAUUGAAUCAAGCUCUCUCGUCUGGAAAGAUCCAUCCCAGGCCGCACCUUUCCUUUCUCCCGCCUUUGACGUUACUCCAACAAGCUCACCCACGACCCAUCGACAUACACAUCGGUACUCUUUCAAUCCACCCAGUCAUUAUGUAAAGCCACAACAACAUGCUAGUCCUACUGUUGCCACGAGUAAUAAUUCCAAACGGACAUCAUGGCUUCCAGGCUUAUUUCAUUUUAAGCAACCCAAAGUGUGUUCUUUAGAAUGCGAGGCAAGGGAUGAAAGAGAGGCUAUUGGAAAACUGUCGCAGGUGUUACGAGAGCGUAUGGAUGGAUUUAUCACCGAAAGACAAGAACCAGAUGGUAGGAUACGAAGGAAAGGAGAGAUGAGGCUUGUGAACAACGCAAAGUCAAUAUGUUUAAAAUUCAAACUUGAAAUAUAUCAGCUUCUCGCAGCAAAAAAGAGAGGUUUAUACCGCAUCAGUUUUAUACAGCAACAAGGUGAUGCCAUGGCUCUAGCAGCAGCAGUAAGAAUUGUGGACAGGACUCUGCAAGUCUAUGAACAAGAAGCAGAAUUGGUAUCUGCGGCAAACGGUUGGAGCAUUAACCGUGUUGCAAUGUGAGCAUUUUUUUUGUAGAUAAAAUUAUUCCCCUCCCCUUCCAUACAUAUAUACACACACAAUAUAUAUACUUCAUGCAUUAUGUCCUUGCAAACUAUCAAGUUAUCCUUUAAAUAGGUUAAAUUCCUUUAGGAAAGAGAUAGCAUAGAUGCCUUUUUAAAAUUAUGCAGAUUUCUUUUCGUUGAAGCAAAAACCUUAACGAAAACGCUUUAAAGUAUAGUAAAAAAAAAAGGUUUCAUAUUUUACCUCAGUAUUAUCAAAUGUUGUAGUCACCUCCUAUUUGUUUAUGCUUGGGUUUAUGAUCAGCUGAGAACCCUGCAUGAAAAAUAAAGCAAAUCACUAGAAAUAAAUCCCCCC